UUAAUUAUUACCCAGUGAUCAGUUUUUUAUAGAUCAAAAUGUGCAAAAUAAUUAGAUUUUUUGGCAUAGCUCUUAUAUUUUUAAGUAUUUUUCCCUUGAAUAAAAGUGAAACAAAUGUGAUAGACAAUAAAAUAUCAUACGAGGCGCAAUUGGAAAACUUUUUGGCUUUGACCGCUGAUUUUUUCACUGGACUUUAUGAUUUUAAACAAUUUAAAAAUACAGAUUUAGAAAUAAACGCGACUACUUUCGAAAAAAUUGAUAACAUCGUAGACCAUUAUGUGUACAUAAUUAAAAAGGCACAUGGACUUUUAUCUCCUGAGGAGAUAGUGCAACAUGAAAAACUAAAAUCGGUACAGCGAAGAAAUGCACCUGUGUAUAAUCAAAGUUAUUACAAAAUCAGAGAUGAGCUCGAGUUGAAAGGAUUCGAAGAAAUAAAUAUUGUUCCAACUGAUAUACCGAUCGAUAUAAUUUUAUUCGACAAAACCUUUGUCGACAUCCGACUGCACAUUUGGCAAUAUGCUGCCUCAUUAGAAGUCUACAAUUAUCAAAAUCAGUCUGGAUACCCAGUCGCUGAUACUUUAGUAUUAUAUAAAUAUGUGGAUGCAUCGUUCACUAAAGUGUUCAGUACUCCUGUUCCAAAAGCUACAAAACUCCUUUCGAAGAAUAUUGAUGAUAAAAUUUACAUUGUUGUAGCGUCAUGUGAUGAUGAACAUGUAUUAGAACUAAAUAAAUGGAGAGGAUCAAUUUUGUUCGAAGUUGAUGUUUGGCAAAAUGUUCUUAUUCCAGUGCAGAUGUUGGGGACUUCUCUUGCAUAUGAUGUCACAUUUUGGGAGGAUUUUGACCACCUUUAUAUGGGUCUGGCGAUUGGAAAUCAAAAUUUGAGUAACAUUGGUGAAACUAAAUCGGUAGUAUAUCGGUGGCUCGGAGGACAUUUUGAUAUUGUGGAUAAUUUAGCUGCAUCUGAUGCCAGAAAAGUGGUGGAAUUUACUAUUGGAUCCGAAAGAUUCAUCAUAAUUGCUAAUUAUAGAAAUAAACAUGGUGUGACUGAUGCAUACAGUCCAAUUUAUCGAUAUGAUAUCCAUGAAGAUCGUUUUAUUUUGUAUCAACAUUUAUCGACACAUGCUGCUGUGGAUGUUAAAUAUUUCAACAUUGUAGAUCAGGAAUCUACAUACGAGGAAGCUGCUGAACAACAUUUUUUGCUUAUUGCCAAUCAAUACGAAAUAGAUAUCAAUGGUAAAAAAGAUUUUAAAACUGCAUCCAUAUUGUAUAAAUUUUCUGAAAACUACUUCGUGCCUUUUCAAGGAUUCGAAUUAUACUCAGCAACAGAAUGGUUACCAUUCAAGGAUCCAAAUGGAAAACCUUUUUUACUUGUAAACUGUUAUUACGAAGGUCUUCGAGCAUUUAACUACGACGGGUGGAAGUUUGUAGAAGCACCUUUAGAAUUUGGAGGAGAUGCUUUGGGCAGAGGUAUUAAAUCCAUAAGGAUGCAGAACUUUUUAGGACAACCCGUUCUAGUUGUCGCAAAUCCAGAAAAUGGUUUAUCCACUCAACCAAAUAUGUUCAGGCCAAUAUUCAAAGUGACAACAUCCAUAGACACAGAGAAGGCAAAUAUGCUUGCUUGGUGUCAAAGCAGAUUGGCUGAAGCAUCUCAAUUUGACUCGGCAGUAGUUGUAGAUCAGAUGGCACUUGCUCCAAAAUUAACUGACCCUGUUGUCUAUAUACCAGGAACAAUAGAUUUCGCGAAUGACGUGCAUAUUGGAAAACUUUCCACAGAUGCUAUUUGGACUGACAAUUACCUGAUAGACGACACAGUCCUUCGGAACAUCAACAAUCUUCAUGGCGACCUAAGUCAUCACAUGGGAUAUGUGGAUGCUCUCUUAAAUAAAUCAGAAACCUUGAUCCAUACCAAUAAACCUUUUAAACUUCGAGGAUCCUUAUCUGCACCCAGAAUUAUAGCAACAAGCACCAAGCUAGACCAAGUUGAAACUAAAUUUUUCAACAAUCAAGACUUUGAUGAAAUCAGAUCUAAAAUAUUGCAAAACCAACUUUCUGACGUGUUGCAAUUCGAUAAGUUGACCAUUGACACUACUUUAGAAUUUCGCCAAAUUAAUGGUCGACCGAUAGAUAGCUUACUAUUUAAGAGCCAUGAUCAUAAAUUUGAAACUUUGAUUAUAGAUAAUGCGUUGGUACAAAAAAGUUUGAGUACUCAUUUAAUAAAUAAUGCUACUUUUGAUUCCACGGUGAUUAUUCUGAAUAAUACUGACCAAUAUUUUAAUUUUCUCGAGGUCAAUCAUUUGAAAACUCAUUUAAUAAAUUCACCCACUUUGAAUAAAGUGGAUGUUAGACGAAAACGAGAAACAUCAUACUAUGUUACCAAUGAUGAUCUAAAUAUAAAAGAUCUGAAAACUGAUACUCUGAAUGGUAUAAAUAUUGCAAUGCUUUAUGAGAAUUCCUUGAAAAAGUAUGGUAAUCAAGAAGUUAUUGGUGAUUAUGAAAUACCAGAACUUUAUGCUAAUAAUUUUGUGGGUCCAGAAUUAUCCAAUGUGCGACCGGAAAAUCUAAUAAACACUGUAGAAGGUGUUUAUGUUUUAGAUCAAGAUAUAGCUUUCAAAAGACCACUCCAAGUUCAGAAUGAUUUAAAAAUAUUAAAUCGUUUGAACAAUAUUUUGGCGGAAAAUGGAGAACUGCAGAUUUUGCUGAAAGAUUCAGAUAAACCACAGAAAAUUGUGGGUAAUAAAGUGUUUGAAAGUGUCGAGCUCUUGGAUCCAAUAGAUUUACAAGGAAUGAUCGACAGUUCAGCUCUUGAUAAAAUGAAUCCAGUUAGCAGUAUAGGCGAAAAUUUAAUUUUGGAAGGUGAUUUUGUUUUGGACAACUCUGUAACCAUUCGUAAGUAUUUGGGCGCUGAUGCUAUUGUAGCUACAUCCAAUACUUCGGAUCUUAUUGGCAACUCUCCUACUGUUUCAAAUUUACUGCAACAUGGACUUAAAUUGGAAGCAUCAGAAAUAUCAAUACCUUUUGAGUUUACCCAACCAUUUAAGGUUUCUAAUUUAAACGUACCUUACAUUAACCAAGUACCUGUAGAUUCAUGGGUGUAUUCCAGCGAGAUUCCAACUGUGAUUAGUGGAAGAAAAAUAUUUACUUCUGAUUUACAAAUUUCUGGUUCAUGUAAACUUUUGAAUACCGUCAAUGGAAUAAAUGUACCAGAAAUGUUGACUAAUACCUUGUUGAGCAAUAGUGAUCGAGUUCAAAAAGUUGCUGGCAGGGUUGUCUUUGAGAAAAUCACAAGUGAUAGGAUAACUUCAUCAUCUACUACCCUUGGGUACAAACCACUCUCCCUUUACUUAACUUCAUCUACGGAUCAGUACUUCAAUCAAGGAAUCAUUCUGGUCGGAGAAAAAGAAAGUUCAGCUGGAUAUCUUGAAGUACAAAAUAUAAUAACUUUAGAUCAAACCCAAAAUGGUAAAUUGGGAUACAAUGAAAAAGAUUUGGUGCAGCAAAUGAAUAACCUGUAUUCGGAUUGUAUAACGAGAGGAGAUAAAAGACAUGUGUUUGCAUCUAAGACUUUCAAGAAUCUUACAGUGGGCGAAUUACACGUUAAAAAUGAUGGUCUAAAUCUUCCUGAGUACAAAAGACGUGAAAUUAGACAAGCAGCGACUACUUAUACUAAAACUUACGAAGGUCAAAUUCAUAUUGACCAGCCAAUAUUUGUGCAGAAACUUACUUAUACUGGUUCUUUAGAUGGAGUUUCACAUAUUGAUUUUGGAUCACAAUGGCUGUUAGUUGAAGGCGAACAGGUCAUUACUGCUCCAAUAACAAUCUCAAAAGUAAUUACUGAAGGUCCUAUUGCAAUGGAUGGCCCUCUAAAUGGCAUUUAUAUUCCUGAUCUUCAAAAAUCAGUGGUGUAUACCAACAAAGAUUAUGUGCUUCCAUAUGUUGAUUUUGAAAAUGGAUUCAGGACUUUGGCUGGAUUUACGGUGAAGACAAAUAUAUCCAAUUUAAAUUUUCCUGAUGAUAUUCUCCUAAAAUAUGCCGCAAAUUUGCAACAUGUCUCAGGUAUCAAAAAAUUCAGUAAUUUAAAAAUAAUGGGGUUGCCAACAUUAUCUACUGGAUAUUUGGGAUCCAUCGAUAUUGAGAACUUCUGUGCCUUUGUUGAUAGUAAUUUAGAAAUUGGUAACAAUUUGAAAAUAUUAGGUUCUGCAAACUUUAUUUCUGAUGUAGACGUUCUGGAUCUGAAUGGUUAUGAUUUGGACAAGCUUCUGAAUGGAAUUUGGUUUUCCAAUAAGGAUACUACAAUAACUGGAGAAAAACAAUUUGGUGACGCCAAAUUUGGAUCUGAAAUUAUAGCCAAUAAUCUCGUAAAUAAUGUGGAUCUCAAUUGGAUUGAGAACAAUUAUUUCAGUUUAUCUAAAAAUCAGACAAUCACUGGGUAUAUUGAAUUCCAAGGCAAAAACACUUUUCUGUCCAAUCUAUUGGCAACCAGUUCUGUUGAAGUUAUUGGUUCUAUAAAUGGAAUACAAAGUUUGCCAGAAUUUUUAUACGACUCCUUGAAUAAAUACACUGAGCAAGUUUUAGAAGGAAAAUUUAUUUUUGACAAACUAAUUAUUCAAGGAGAUUUACACGGAAUCAUCAACAACAUAGAUUUUGAACAUGAUGUUAUGAGAUAUGAUUCCACCACGAAUUACAUUAUUGGACACAAAAUAUUCAACACCGUCAACAUCAACUCAUUGCUGCUGAAGAAUGAUGUUUUAUUGGGUGGUGUUAAUAUAAAUGAUUGGUUCCAAAAUUCAGUUGCUUGUUAUUCCGAUACAGAUUUGUAUGUUUUAGAAGCUCCGGUUACCUUAGUUAAUGGUGGUAUAUUCCAAGAUGGAAUAGUUACCAGUGGGCUUGUAAACGGCCUCACCUUCAAUAAAGACACAAUUCUUCUCAAAUAUUCCAAUCAGACGAUAACUGGUGCCAAAGAAUUUUUGCCAAUCUAUGAUCAAAAUUCAAUGGCUUCAAUAUAUAAUCAUGUGCUUCAAAUAAAUAAUCUUCGAAUAGCUUUGCUAGAAGCUUUCUUGUAUGAUCUGGUCAUUUUAAAUAAUGAUGAAAACGGUUACUCCAGUUUUGUAUUUCAAGGAAAGGGCUUGAAGUUCACGGAGCAACUAAAUGUUAGAGAAAUCACUGGAAAACCGAUUAAAUCAGCAUCUUUAGUAUAUGGAGUUGAUUUGCCAGUACUACAAAGGGAUAUAACCAAUGUAUCUUCAUUUAUAAAUUAUGAAAACAUGGAUUCAGACUUUGCAUAUUUAAAUUAUGUAGCUGAUUUACUUAAGCAUAAUAUUGAGUCACAAGCAAGAUUUUUGCACCACUACGAGGUUGUUCAGCAAAUCGAAGGUGAUGUCAAUAAUUAUACAUAUGGGCAUAAUUAUCCAGAAAGCAUUUCCGUAUAUAAUGAUGGAAACAUGCAAUCAAUGUACUGGAAUAAAGAUACCAAUAAAUUUGAAUACCAAACAGGACUAAUAUCAUCCCAACCUUCUACUGAAAUGGACACUAAUUCGAAUGAAUUGAACUACGUUAAAAAUAUUGUACCAGUUUUGAUAGAAAAUAAGAAGUGUUUGGUAAUAUUGGAUUCUCAAACUGAGCUCAAAUGUAAAAUGGAUUAUGCUUUGGAUUAUGUUCUAUUGGAUACAUAUAUUACACCUGGAGUAAUGACGGUGAACAUAGUGAAAUCUAAAAUUGGAACUUUAUUGGUGUUCUUACUACAGCAAAAAUCGAAGCAAGGCUUACCGAUUGGUUCAGUUGUUAUUUAUUUAGUAAAUAAUUUAAACGAGAAAAAUCCUUCAAAGAUAUUGCAGACUUUACGACCAACAAGACCAUCAUCUAUAUCUUUGGUUUUAAACAAUAAAGAUGAUAACUCACAAACGGUUUACAGGAAAAUGUUGGCAGAGCCUCAAAUUACAGAUCCAAAUAUUGAAUUUACCAAAAAUUAUGAAACUAAUGAUUAUAUAUCGGAAGAAGUAAGAAGUGAGGAUGUAUUUUUGGCUAUUGCUUCUGAUAAAGUGCAACGAGCAAUGCACCAUGGUUUUGUGGAAAUUUAUAGAUUGAAUCCUUCAAAGCAAUUAUUCGAGUUGGCCCAAUCUGUGCCCUCCAUGGCACCUCAGCAGGUCAAAUUUGCAGUUUUACCAAUUUCAAAUGAACUGAUGCUCUAUGUGUUGUCCAGGCAACAAGCCAGGCCAUUAUCAAUAAUGCGUUACGAAGGAGUUGCCGGAUUCAGGGAAGUUUUUGCAGCUUCCACAGUACCACAUGGAAAUAAAUUAGUGACACUGACAACUGAAGAUGAACAUUUCGUAUUUAUUGGUGACCAGAACUACACUACUGUGCUGAGGGCUAAAUUUGAAGAUCUCCAUAGAUGAUUUUGGUAUGUUUUAUAUUUGUUCAACUGUAGUUGACUUUGGUGCAUUGUGAUAUCUCUUUCGCAUAU